GAAUUUUAAAAGGACAGGACGUUUCGGUUGCCAUCAGAGACGAAAAAAUAUAAAAAAGAAAAUAAUCUUGAAUAUUGUAGACGGAAAACUUAUUUAAAAUAAUUCAAAAUGAGUAACCUUUUUGGGAAGCUUAUAGCGCAGCUAAAAAGCAAAGAGUUCAGGCAAUAUUUGAUGAGCACUCAUUUUUGGGGUCCUGUAGCCAACUGGGGAAUACCUUUAGCCGCAAUUGCAGAUAUACAGAAAGACCCUAGCAUUAUCAGUGGAAAAAUGACAUUAGCCUUAUCCAUAUACUCAUUGAUGUUCAUGAGAUUCGCGUGGCGUGUGCAGCCGCGUAAUUUGUUGCUGUUUGCCUGUCACAUCACCAAUGAAGCCGCACAGCUGACACAGCUCGCACGGUUCGUCAACUACCACUACAUAGCGAAAGUACCUGAACAGAAGAACAAAAAUGCCAAAUAAAUUGUGCAAUGAUACAGAAUGGAACACACCCGAUAGUAAGUGCCUUAAAUGUUGCAGGCAAAUUCUCUUAUAGGAUUUGUUCUUCGAAUGAGCGUUUUUGAAUCUCGACCGACUUCAGAAUAUAGUUUU